AUGAAUGCCGAGAAUGGUAUUGAUACACUGGGACCAUGGUUCGACGGCGUGGAGCAUCUCUCCAAGACCGGCCUCUCUGCACUCGAUGCCGACGCUGCCAAAGAGAAGCACGUUGCAAUUGUUGGUGCGGGUAUGUCGGGGUUGAUGACGUACUUGGUUCUCUCACAAGCAGGCAUGACCAACAUCAGUAUCAUUGAAGCUGGCAAUCGACUUGGUGGCCGCGUUCAUACCGAGUAUCUCACUGGCGGACCUUUUGACUAUUCUUAUCAAGAGAUGGGACCCAUGAGAUUCCCUUCUACUUACAAGAGUCCUGAGACCAACGAGACAAUGAAUAUCACGGACCAUCAGCUGGUGUUUCAACUCGCAGAGGAGAUGAACAAGCUUAACAACCACGACAAGAACCUCAGUGUUGACUUCAUUCCUUGGCUCCAGAGUAGCCCAAAUGGCCUUUCAUACAAGAACGAGUUCAAGCUACCAAGCGGGCUGCCACCAACAAUAGCGGAAAUUAAGAGUAAUGCGUCACUCAGUCCUGCAAGUGUCAACGAUCCCAUGACCCAAGAUCUCCAGACAAAGGUUGAUACAUUCAUGCCUGGUUCGGAGUUCAGCACUCUCAUGGCGAAGAACAUGUUCAAGGCUCAUAAGCAGUGGCUCGAAACUGGUCUAAAUGGUCUUGGUGGUGAUCAAUGGUCUGAAUACGCCUUCAUGGUCAACUACUUGAAGGGAAGCCUCAACAGCACUGACAUGAAUGGUGGCUGGUCUGAUUCUAGCUUCUGGGAUUCGCUGUAUGAAGGAAUGUAUUUCUCAGCCGCCAGCUACAAGACUAUCGAUGGUGGUCUCAAUAGGCUUCCGUUGUCGUUCCAUCCUCUUGUCGACAACAUUACGACAAUGGAGCGCAAAAUUGAGCGUGUCAGGUACAACGAGACCGAAGAGAAGGUGACAUUGCAGUGGCGCAAGAAGUACAACGAUACAACAUUCCAGAACUCAACUUUCGACUACGCUGUAAUUGCAGUGCCCUUCUCCGUUGUCCGCAGGUGGCGCCUUCCCAAGCUCCCCGCAACAAUCUCCAACGCCAUCAAGGAGCUUAACUAUGGGUCUGCCUGCAAGGUCGCUCUCGAGUUCUCCGAGCGCUUCUGGGAACAUUACGAGAACCCAAUCUAUGGUGGAUGCAGUACCACUACGGACAUUCCGGGCAUCGGCAGUAUCUGCUAUCCAUCCUACAACUUGAAUGGUACGGGCCCUGCUACCAUUCUGGCAAGCUAUAUCAGUGGUGAUAUGGGAGUUCGGCUGGCAAGCAUGUCGGAGGAAGAUCAUGUCCAGAUGGUCCUCGAGGCCAUGGUUGAGAUUCAUGGAGAGUUCACCAGAGACCUGUAUACUGGAAAGUAUAACAGAAGAUGUUGGGCGCUUGACCCUCUUGAGUCUGGAAGUUGGGCUAGCCCGACUGCUGGACAGCAUUCGCUCUACAUACCAGAGUACUUCAAGACAUACAACAAGAUGAUCUUUGUUGGCGAGCAUACCUCGUACACUCACGCUUGGAUCGCCUCGGCUUUAGACUCGGGUAUCCGCGGCGCAGUUCAACUCUUGCUAGAACUUGGGCUCGUUGACGAGGCAAAGCACGCAGUGGAGAAGUGGAUGGCGAGAUGGAUUGAAGUGAUACAGAGUGCUGUGCGUUAA